AUGUCUCUUGGUGGUCGUGAGUGGACAUCCGUUAAAGCAAGGAAACAAUCCAAGGAGCUAACAAUCAUCAGAGCCCCCGGCAUCAAGUUCGGCUACACCGGACAGACGGUCGCCGUCUCAUUCGGGAACCUAACCGACAACGGCGUCCUGGUCGGCUACCGUAUCGGAGGGCUCGACUGGACCUUCACCAACAUUACCGCCGGAGCUACUCACCUGCUGGUGAGCCCGGAAACCCCAGGCUCAGGCGAGACCGGUCCCGUCAACCCCUGGACUUUUGAGAUGCGGGUGACGAACUGGGCAUACGGCGUGCAAAUUGAUGCCGUCCAUGUGGCUGCUGGAGAAAAGCUGAUCAAGAUUCCCGACUUCGGCCGUCGGAUCGAGGUGAUUGGCGAUAGUCUUGCCUCCGGCAUGUACACGACCUACGAGGGCUUGUCAAGCUGGGGCUAUGGCCUCGGGGCCGGUCUGGGCGACACGGAGUUUGCGGUGACCGCUUAUCCCGGAAUCUGUGCGGCCGACCAGGACUGCUGGGGCAACCCUAAGGGACAGGUUCAUCAGUGGUUUUACACCGCCGACACAAGUUAUCGCGCCUCUGUGAUUCAUGGUGACGACCCGGAACCGUGGGACUUCAAGAAGCACCCGGCCGCUGAUAUUGUGGUCAUCAACAUUGGCACAAAUGACCACAACCAGGCAAACAACGUCUCAACCGAAGCCUACAUUGAUGCCUUGACCAAGAUCAUCCAGGGCGUCCACGGAAAGUAUCCAAAGGCCCAAGUAAUUGUCAUGUCCCUCUGGCUAGGAUUCUACCAGUCCGGCAACACAUACCUUCCCAACGCUCCCGACGGCUGGGUCAAGGAAAUCUACCAGCUGAUCAAGUGGUUCAACUCAGACGCCUACCUCCGCAACCCCACCAUCUACGACGGCGUCACCAAGAAGACGUCCAAGACAGGGAAGAAGGCAAAGCCCUUCGUCCACUACUUCAACACGACGGGCAUCAUGCAGCACAACGACAUCGGGCCGCAGUGGCACCCUACCGACGUGGGCGCCAUCAAGGUGGCCAGCCAUCUCCAGCAGUUUAUCCGGAUCAGGUUUGACUGGGACUUUUACGCUACGGGGCCAGAGUGA